AUGUCAGGAGAGCUUCAGCAACUUGAAAUUCAAUCGCUUCUAGAGGAUAUAAAAUGCUCGGUCGAUCAAUUUGAGGCCACGAAAUCCGAACAGGCCCGUGUCCGUGCACUUGAGAAAUCAUUGAAAUUGAUCAAGGCUCUUGAACAUCCCAAAGAUGCGGUUCUCAAACUUUUCCUAUCUCCCACUCAAGCUAUGGCAGUCAAAAUUGCUCAUGACCUUGGAAUUUUUGCGAUCUUAACUGGUGCAGCUACAACUACCUCUUGCAAGCAGUUGGCCGAUCAAAGCGGCGCAAACUCACUGCUAGUUGAGCGAAUCAUGCGAGUUCUUGUUGCAAUCGACUUUGCGCAAGAAGAAGGACCUGGAAUGUAUUCGCCAACUUCCCUUUCCAGGGAGAUGACAGACAAAAAGUCAGGUAGCAUUGUCGAUACUUUAUUUGUUGAUUUUGCUCCAGCCAUUGUGAAAACGCCAGACUUUCUGCGCGAAACAAACUACCAGAACCCUGAAGAUCAUUCAGCCGGACCGAUUCAAUAUACCUAUAACGUGAAAAUGACCACAUUCGAAUGGCUAGCCAGGGAUGUAGCCGUUCAUGAGCGCUUCCACAAUUAUGUGCAAGGUGUUCGAGAAAGUCGACCAUUUUGGGUUGACUGGUUUCCGGUGCAGGAGAGAAUCUUGAAUGGCUAUACCGGAGCUCCAAGUGAUCCGCUUAUUGUGGAUAUGGCCUGUGGUAGUGGUCGGGAUAUGCUGGCAUUGAAGAGGAAGUUCCCUGACUUAACUGGCAGAGUGAUUCUCCAAGAUCUUCCAGCGGUAUUCAAUGCCAUCCAUUCCCACGAUAUUGGACUUGAGAAAAUAGGGCAUGACAUUUUCGAUCGCCAGCCUGUUGAAGGUGCUCGCGUAUACUUUCUCAAAUUUAUCUUGCAUGAAUUCUCUGAUGACAACUGCAUUAAGAUUCUCCAAAAUACCAUCCAGGGAAUGAAAAAAGGAUAUUCUAAGAUCCUGAUCGAAGAGUUUAUUCUUCCCGAUGAGAACGCAGGAUUGUUUCAUUCAAUGGUGGACAUGAUAUUGAUGGUUGUUGGUCCUGGUAUUGUGCGAACAAAGUCUCAAUGGGCUACGAUUCUGAAGUCUGUGGGGCUUACUGUGAACUUGAUUUGCCAUCCUGACGGUGACGGACCAUCCAUAAUCGAGGCCGAGCUAUGA